CUGAGCCGUUAUAACAGAACACACUAUAAAUAAAUAAAAUAAUAGAAUUGUGGUGCUUUUUAUUUUGAACCAAGAAUUUUGUUCAUUAGAGAUAACUUAUUUCUUUCGAUUCUUUAAGAUUUGGAAUAAAACGUGCUUUAGCCACGGUGAAAUACUUGGACGUAUACUGGUGUAUGUUUGAAAGAUUUUCGAUAAAACCUGAAUGUGACAGAAAACUAUAUCACUGACAUUUUAUAAAUGCAAUCUUUGUGAAAAAACGCUAUAAAAUAAAUAGUCAAGAAGAUUUUAUUGUGAAGUGUGAUAUGUGAAUCGAAAUGCUGGACCCAUAAACAAUGAUAUCCAAUGGUGUUGAUCUUAAUUGUGCAAUAUUUACCAUACAUAAAUGCAUUCCAUAUAUAUUGUACUCAUGCAGCCUGAUAUAAAUGGCAUCUUUCUCUAACAAUCAACAAAGGCCUCAGCCAUCACAGAGGGCAGUGUAUUCCCCUAAUAGAACACAUACAGAUAUGUCUGAUCCAACUUCGAUUGGGUCUCGGUCAGCUCAAGCCAUGGCUGCAGCGGCAAUGUCCAUGCGGGGACAACCUCAAUCACACAUGAAUGAUUCGAAAGCAAAAACUGUGUUGAAGGAAGCAGUAGAUGCAGUUGUUAACAGUUUCGCAAAACAUACACAAGGAUAUGGCAGAGUGAAUGUUGUUGAGGCCCUACAGGAGUUCUGGCAGAUGAAGCAGGACCGCGGGGCCGACCUAAAGAAUGGGGCCCUGGUAGUUUACGAGUCCCAACCUGCAACCUCUCCACCAUAUGUGUGCUUUGUCUCUCUUCCUGGUGGAAGCUGCUUUGGCAGUUUUCAGCAUUGUCCAACAAAGGCUGAGGCAAGGCGAAGUGCGGCUAAAAUUGCUCUCAUGAACUCCGUUUUCAAUGAGCACCCAUCAAGGAAAAUCACAGAUGAGUUCAUAGAGAGAGCUGUAAGAGAUGCCUGUGCAUCUUUCAAGGGUAACUUGGAGGAGGCGGACAAUCCAAACACUGGGAUUGGAGCAUUCCGGUUCAUGCUGGACUCGAACAAAACUCGCACGAUGCUGGAGUUCCAGGAACUGAUGACUGUCUUUCAACUGCUACACUGGAAUGGCAGCCUGAAGGCGAUGAGGGAGCGGAACUGUUCUCGACAGGAAGUACUCUCACACUACACACACCGUGCACUCGACGAUGACAUGCGCUCACAGAUGGCUCUUGAUUGGAUCGCCCGGGAACAAGAGAGCACAUCCAUCAUCGAGAGGGAGCUUGAGAUUGCAGAGCGUGAGUUGGAGAGUGCGAGGCUGGCUGGUCGGGAGCUGAGGUUCUUCAAGGAAAAGCGUGACAUUUUAGUGUUGGCUCUCACGCAAAUUGGGCCAAAUGAUAGCAUGGCGUAAGCAGUAACAUGUGAAACAUACUGACUCGCAAAUGCGAAUGCCUUUGGUUGGGAUGGACUUAGAUGCUGAAGUUGUUGAUAACACUAUGCAGUUGGGACAUCAAUGAACUAAAUAAAAGAUAGAUCUGAUACAGUGAAAUAUUAUGUAUUUAUUUAGUAAAAUUGUAUUGCUUUGUACAUAAUACUUGUGAAUACAAUUUAAGCUGCUUUCCUGAUAUGAUUCAUUUUCUGAUACUUGGCAGGAAUGAAAUUGUUUGCCAUGAUAUUUGAAGAAUGAAAUAAGAUUAUAAGAUUUUUUAAAAAUCACCUGUCAGUUCGGAAUUUGAAAUAACUUAAAAAAUAUAAAGAAAUUGCAAAAUAGCUGGCUAAUAUUUAUAAAAUUUUGAGCAAGCUUUGAAAACAUAGUACCAUUCCAGGGCUUUCAGGCUUGUGCUUAUUUUGACUUUUGUACAAAUGGCUUCUUUCCCCUUGCUUUGUGUACUGGUAGCUAGAAUUCUAAAUAGACUGUGUUCACAAAGUUUACAGAGUAAAUUUGUUAAGCAAUUUGAUAUUUGAAGUUCUAAUGCCAGACAGUUGUGAGGCCUUCUUCUAUAUUGAGCAACAACUGUCUUUCACUAAAACUGCAGAUUAUAUGUUUUUAUGUGCAUUGUCCUAUGUUGGUGUAGAAGAAAUAUAUUGGUUGUUAAAAACAGAACUUUUGAAAAAUGUUUAUUUUUUCAUGUUCCUCUUUCGCUUAGUUUUAAAGGCUUAGUGUGUACAAAGAGACAGACUCAUUCUUGAUAUCAGAUUAGGCCCCUCUACUGGAAAUUGUGACUAAACUCAUUAAAAGUUUUAAAUAUUUAAAUUGCUAAGUACACAAAAAAAUAUUGUUCUUCUAUUGUACAGAGGAGCCAUUUAAAUAACUUCACCAAAUAAUUACAUGUAGCCUUUCUCAUGUACUGUAUAGUUUGUGUAUCUUUGUGAAGAUAUAAUUGUGUAAAGCAGAUUAUAGAUUUGUGAACAAUUUGUUAAUUUAUAAUCACUUUUUACCUUCUGCAUUUAUUACAUUUUUUAUGUAUGAUAAAUCACUAUUUACCGUCAACUAUUGAAAGCAUGGUGAAUGAAUUAUGUUAAAAUCAUCAUCAAAAUUGUAUAAUGUGACAAUGUCAGCGAAAAUAUCAGUAAUUGAGUACGCCUCUUGAAAAGACUCAACAUAACACUACUUGUUCAGAGAAAAAAGGAAGGGAAUUUACUUUAAGUAAAACUUGCCAUUUUUCAAUUUGAUAACAUUUUCAUAAUAUCAAUAGUAUAAUUUAUCCUUUAUACAUGUUAUAUUUCGUCUGAACUUUAUAUUGUAUAUAAGCGUAUACAAAUAUAUUCUUUCUGAAUAUUUUUGCAAAUAAUCAUAUUUUUGGUGUUGUGAUUUUGAUUGUGAAUACUGUGUACUGUACAUGAUUGUAUAUUUUGUAGAUGUACAUUGUGAUUUUAUCUGCAUUUAUUGCAUUUCUACAAACCAUUCAUAUUGUAGCUGUCAUUUCAUCUUCCUAUCCUCUCAUGCAUAAUAUAUAAAUAAGGAUUAUACUUGUAUUAAAAUGUUCAAGCUU